GGAUAUACCCCCCGCAAAACCCCCCUUCCCUUUUCCUGGGACAGGUGAGACGCUCCACGGAGGCCUAUCCUCCGCUCCAUAUCGUUUUCAUCCAACAUUUUAACCUUGGCCUAUGAAAGAGAUUUCUCGUAUAAAACUGCGCAUGUCCCUCACUUUCGUGCAUAAUUAUCGACUCUCAUCAUCCACGUCCUUGAAGAACGAAAGUCUAUGGAUUUGGACGAUACUGAAUGAACCGCGACAAUAUGGAGGUAAUCAGAAGAUAGUGUUAUCGUGGGGGUAUUUUGUGAAGCAGCUAUCAUGGGGCCUCCAAGGCCAGCAGCCAUACUCCCACACAUGAUGUAAAUCAUCUCAUCCUACACACUAACAACCAUUGCAUGUAAAUGCAAUAUAAAGUUUCGUAUAAAUAUACAUAUAUACAUAUAUGUAAAUAUAUAUUUCCUUCACCUUGGGCACUAAACCUCUAACACCUGACCUCCAACAUGGGGAGACAGACAGAUCAACAGCGCUACUGGGCAAGCCUUGAAAGGGAAGGAUUCCAUGGCAACUGCUACCCAAUAGAAGUUAUCAUGGGAUUGGCUGCCACUCCAGCACAGGAGAAUUAGGUGGAGGCCAGAUGCUUGGUGCCUACAUUGACUACAAGCGCCGCACAGAGGAGGAGUCACAAUAACGUGGUUGAAAAAUGUUGUCCAAACCACACACCAGAAAGUGAAGAGACGACGACGUUUCGGUCGGUCCUGGACCCUUAUCAAGUCGAUUGUGUCAUUAUUCAAGUCACAAUCGACUUGAUAAUGGUCCGAAACGUCGUUGUGUCUUCACUUUAUAGUGUCUUAAAUCACUUUAUAGUAUCUUAAAGCGCCGAAAAACUUAUGUUUUCGAACUAAUGCGUAUCGACUUAUGAAGGCUAUGCGGAUUAUUUGUCUGUUAAUUUCUCUGGUUUGGCAAUAUCACUUCAAAUUAGACGCUCUGCUUCUACCUGAUGGAGCCAGGUAGAGGCCGACCGUCAUAUUCCUCCUGGAAAGGUGGACCCUGCCUUCCCUGCCUAGCUCCACCUCUCCCUGCUGACAACAUCCCCAUCCUGCCUUCAUGCCUGGCCCCCUCCUUCCAUGAGGGGAGGGCAGACGCGGCGCUCCAGCUGGUAAGAGUCAGGACGGAUGACUCAGUGUGUCGCUGGAACUAACAGACACCGGACGUCGUCUUCCAGAAUUAAAAUGGCUUCACUGGAAGAAGAGGGGGAGACCCAAUCCAGCGCUUCCGGUAGCUCGCUGGAGGAGAUCACCUUAGUGUCAGUGAAGGUGGGCUGGUUCUACUUCAACCCCGUCUCCAGGAAGGGUCGCGCCCUUCACCUUCUUCAGAUGUUGGUGUUGCCGUUCAUCCCCAUCGUGGCUCUCAUCACCCAGAACUGCAUUGCCAUGUCUGACGCCCUCAGGAACCAGGCCGCCGUCAGCUCAGUGACCGUCCAGGUUCAACACGCGGUUGACAUCGGCUUGCUGCUGCGGGCGCUCCAGCUGGAACGAACCGAGCUCUGCUACUAUGUCCUCUCCAACGCUUCCAGCACCCUCAGGAUGAACAUCACUAACGUGUACGAACGGACGAACGACGUCAUCGAGGGGGUGCAGCGCUGGCCCAACAUUCAGAGGAACAGAAAACGUAGCCGGAUGUUCCAGUCACGGGUCCGGUUCCAGAUCCGUCUCCAAGACUUUAGGGACUCCAUCGACCCUCUAGAGACCCACGUGACGAAGGUGGUGUCGUGGUACAAUGAGGCCAACUUUAUCUUGCUGAGCGUGCUCGUCUCUACCAUCAACACCGCCGACGCCUCAAAUAUAUGGCAGACCCUGGUCGCCUACCAGAACGUGAUGCAGUGUGAAGAACAAUUCGGAAUCUCGCUGGUGUACGGGGCAGCCUACUACCUGCGGGGCUGGCUGGAUAGCAAGAGCUACCUCACCUGGGUCGAGUCGACGGCCCUGGCGGGCUACUGGCUAAACCAGACCCUUGCCUUGUCUCCAAGCAUACACCACCGCCUCCGUAAGAAAGGUUUCCUCACUGAACUGGCCAAGAGGAUCACCGAGAGGGAUGACAUCAUCGGCAACAAGAAGAGAAACGGCUCGGUAGAGGCUGCCGACGUCUUCAUGCAGGAGAGCACAGCCUUCAAGAACUCCAUCAGAGGUGUAGAAGCCUCUCUUAUCGACGAUAUCAGAGACGCCAUCAACGGGGAGCUGGAAGUGGCGGACGGACAGUACACUUUGGCGUUGGUGGUGUUACUCCUCGUCCUCCUGAUCUCCCCCGUUAUCAUCGUCCUCGUCAGGAAGGCCACCAGCCUCAUCCAUGUGUACGCCUUCGAUUUGCUACUAAGAUCUGCCGAAGUGAAGAAGGAAAAGCGAAAAAGUGACAACCUUCUGUAUCAGCUCCUGCCUCGCACCGUCGCCCACUAUCUCAAGCAGUCCAAGCAGGUACCUCACCCGCCUCUACCACAAGCAUGUACCUCACACCCCUCUACCACAAGCAGGUACCUCACCCGCCUCUACCACAAGCAGGUUCCAGCUGAAUAUUUCGAGUCUGUGACGAUCUACCUGAGUGACAUCGUGGGCUUCACUCGCAUCUCCUCUGAGAGCAGUCCGCUACAGGUGGUGACACUGCUCAACACGCUCUAUAAACAGUUCGACUCCAGCAUCGAGAAGUAUGACGUUUACAAGAUGGAGACGAUUGGUGAUGCUUACAUGGUGGUGUCUGGCCUGCCCAACAGGAAUGGAGAGCGGCACGCCCCGGAGAUCGCAGAGAUGGCCAUAACGCUGCUGGAGAUGGUGUCCCACUUCGAACUCAUCCACAAGAAGGGCGAGAUGCUCCGAGUUCGAAUCGGCAUCCACUCCGGUACCUGUGUCGCCGGUGUGGUGGGCACCAAGAUGCCUCGGUAUUGCAUGUUUGGCAAGACUAUGACCACUGCGCACUUCAUGGAGAGCAGCGGAGAACCCAUGAAAAUUCACGUGAGUGAGACGACUCACAAGCUGCUGAUGGCGACGGGGCGAUACGUGCUGAAGUUCCACCGUCGUCUGCAGGUGGUCAGCAAGUAUCGCGCCAGCACCGGGGAGGAGGCGGAGCUCGACACCUUCUGGCUCCUGGGACGGACCAACCCGCAGGAGACGAGGCAGGUGGACCUCACUAGUGAAUACCACACGCCCGCCUUCCUGGCCUACGUCACCGACAGGGGCGCCCGACACCAGCGCCACACAGCCUCCUCCAGGUUCUGAGUCGUCGAAUACUGCUCUCUUGUCUUGAAUAAGGUUAUACCCAAAGAAAUAGAGUUGAUAAUAUGGUGUUAAGAUCGAGUGAGAAACAUCUGUAAGCUUCCCAAUUAUUAUUAUUAUUAUUAUUAUUAUUAUUAUUAUUAUUAUUAUUAUUAUUAUUAUUAUUAUUUCGUAUUAUACAAAAUCUCAAUAUUUAUUUUGUCUGUAGAAGAAUGUAGCUCAAGAUAAUAAAUAUAUAAAAACAUGAUUAUAUUGAUUUCAAGACAUUCGUUAUGUUCACUGUAAUAAUUAUUAUUUUAUUAUUCCCAAAAUAUUACGGAAAGUCCCCCCUGCAAUAGUCUUGAAGUAAAUGUUGUUUGGGAUACUCCGAUUGACUGAUAAAGAUUAAGCCACCCAAGAGGUGGCACGGGCAUGAAUAACCCCGUAAUGGGAUACUCCGGUAGUGAAGAAUAUCUCUUCAAGAAUGCUCGAUAAAAUAGACAAGAAGACUAGAGUCUGACCCUUCCUCUGUAGCUGUGAGAGCUCCUCAUGAAUGGGAUUACCUAUUAGCUGUUCCUACUGCUUCCCUGGACACUCACAUUGAGGUUCCCUUUCACAUCGAAGCACCUAUUCUUCGGUGAGAUGAAGUCUCAUCUCAUCGAAGACUUUAUCUUCGAGGAAAUGAAUCUUUAUCACUUUGAUGAGAUGAUGUAUCAUCAAAUACAUAUGCUAGUUAGCAGUGUAAAUGUGUAGCCACUUCUGUACUAGAAAAUAAUAAUAAAAAAAAUGUGUACCAGCUAUAGUGCUUAAAAUACAAAUGUUUAAAUAUAUAUUUUAUAUGUAUGUGUGUGUGUGUCAUGUUAAUCUAUAACCCAGUUCUACCUAUUAAAAUACUUCUUUCUAAAAUUACAAUUAUAAUUAAAAAUUAACUGGGGUGGUAGACAAAAAUAUCUACACAAAAAAAUAAAAAGCACCUGAAGUUUAUUCCUAAUUUUUUUUUUAAAUUUAUCUAUUAAAAACAGUAAUAUCUAGUAAUAGAUUACUAGAUAACUAUCCCCAAUGGAACAUUUAUUUUUGGAACUAACAUUUAUAGGCUAAUAAACCUUCUGCAAAUUCCUAAUUUCAUAUUGGCAUGAACUCUUCUUA